AUGGCGGCAGCUGUAAAGAGCAGCUUUAUUGAAAUAUGUGGAUUUGAGAGGGAAAUCCCUUCGAGGUUCCGAGAAUUAACCAUUAACUUAGGUGUGAAUGCGCUCACUGGCGCUCUGAAUCACCCAGACAGCGCUGGCGGGUUCCACUAUGAGGACAGUGCCAAACUCCUCUCUGUCACAAGCAACCGCUUUAUACACUGGGCCACUUCUGGAGACACAGUUGAACUUGUGGAGCGGUCCUUGGACACGAACCUUCUAAACAAUGCUUUACGCUUGAAAAUACCAAACUGCCCCUUGCUUCCCAGAGGGGUACACAUCCAGGAGACUGUCAACAAUGUCAUCAUUCUCCUUGUCACUAGCCAGACUACGCACCGGCUUGCGCUGCCUCACCCCUCCCGCAUGUACCGUAGUGAGCUUGUGACGGAGGUCCAGAUGCAGUCCAUCUUCACAGAUGUGGGCAAACUGAACCUCCAGGACCCUUUGCACAGCCAUGUUAUUCCGUGCAUACCAGGACAAGCUGGAUUGGCUAGUGCAUCAGCUGCUUGGGUCAGCAGUGAUGGACAAGCCCACUUUGCCGUGGCAUCCCUCACAGGGGCCAUUCUUGUCAUCCGCCACCCCCCUCAUGACAUGCAAGGAAAUGUUUCAGUUGUGGAGCUGAAGCAGAGCUCAGUGAUGCAGAGGUUGGCUGGCUGGAUGCCCACUGCCAUCAGGGGAGAUGCAAGUCCAUCAGACCUGCCGGUCAGCCUUGCAGUGAGGCUGUUGGAGGAUGACACUUUUAUCUUCGCCUUAUGCCAGGACCACAAACUACGCAUGUGGUCAUACAAAGACCAGCUGUGCUUGAUGGUAGCUGACAUGCUGGAGUACAUGCCUGUGAGCCGUGAUGUCAGACACUUGCUAAGCCAGGCCCACAAGCUCCGCCUCUACUUCUCCUCUACGACAGGCCUAUGCUUGGGCGUCUAUCUCGGUGUGCCCAAGCGCGGCCAGUUUUGCAUCCUACAGCUGGUCACCACAGAUGGCAACCGUUACAGCCUAGACCACAUCUCCUCCCUGUUUGCCACUCAGGAGACUUUGGUGGACUUUGCUCUUACCUCAACUGAUAUCUGGGGCCUUUGGUUAGAUGAUGACAACCAGACGGUGGUGAAGUACAUCAACUUUGAACAUAAUGUUGCUGGCCAGUGGAACCAAGUGUUUGUUCAGCCGCCUCCUGAAGAAGAAGUUAAUAUUGGUGUUGACCAGGACCCCAGGGAAACCUACCUGGAAGUUCUCUUUUCUCCUGUUCGAUUCACAGCCUCUGCCAUUGUGAAAGCCCUGCAAAUUUAUCGGCGAGGUACGGAGCGACUCCUGGACCUUCCCUGGGAUUCGCUGAAGAAGGAAGUCACGCUGGCUGUAGAGAGCGAAGUUCAGAACAGCGUUACAGAAUACGAGUUCUCUCAAGAGGAGUACCGGCAGCUACAGGUGGAGUUCUGGUCCAAGUUCUAUGCCUGUUGUCUGCAGUACCAGGAGGCUCUGUCCAUGCCACUGGGUCUGCAUGUGAACCCUACUACCUCCAUGGUCUGUCUGCUGAAGAAGGGUUUUGUGUCUUACCUGCUGCCCUGCUUCAGUGUGGACCACCUGUACCUGUCCUCCGAUGAAUACCUGUCCUCUGAAGAUGAAACACCUAUGGCUGAUGAUCCAGAGGUGGGGCGUGACGUGCUACAACUGGUGCAAUGCCUCCGCCUCGUGAGCAUGUCUAUGCUGGGGGACAUGGCCUAUGUAAUGGAGAAGGCCCUAGAUCAUCUACAGUCCCCUGAGAGGGCUGCUGAACAAGUGCUGGAGAACCUUUUGGCUAAUGACAGUGAAAGCAUUGUAGAGGACAUCCAGAACAAACUCCAGGACAUCCGCAACCCCAUCAAUGCCAUGGCUGUCCUGCUGCGAGAGAUGGACCUUGAGACUGACAGUGAAGUGGACGGGAACAUUGCAGCAGGCCACCCUCUCAAUGUACGGAUGAGCCUGUCACAGCUGUACGGAAGCAGCAUGGCUACCUCCGUAGUGUGCCAAGCUGUGUGUCAGAUUGCCAUGAUCCGGGCCAUCCUGUGCAGAGACCUCCUCAUCCUGCAGCAGCUCUACCUGAGGCUUGGAGACAACGUGUUCUUGGGGGGAGGAGCACAGAUGCUCCAAAUGCAGCAGGAUCUGAUACCACGGACCUCCCACCUGCUCUGCUCUUACCAUGUGCUGAAGUGGGCGAGCCAGUGUCUGUCCACACCUGUGCCUCUCGACACACUAGAUGCCAACUUGCAGCACUUGUCUGUGUUGGAGCUGUCGGACUCUCCUGCCCUGACCCCCAACAAAUCAGUACUAAGUCCCCAGACAUUGCUAGAGCUCUUCUACCAGAAUGUUGCCCGGAAGGUCAUCAUCUCCCAGAUCCACUCCCACCAGAGCACCCCUCUCAGCCAGGCUGUGCUCAGCUGGCCCCAGCUGGUGUCCACCAUCAUCACUCUCCUCGCACAACAUGUUUGGCCAAACAAUCCAGGCUUUCUUUUCCCUGAGUGCCUCAUGGGAAACUGCCAGUACACACAGUUACAGGAGUAUGUACGGCUGAUCAAACCCUGGUGUCAGAUGAAUGUGGGCUCUUGUUGCUUCGUACUGGGACAGUGUUAUCUGGCAACAGGGGAGGGACACAAGGCUCUCCAGUGCUUCCAGGAUGCCACAACGGAGGUAGAGAAGGAGGACUUUCUUAUAAGACUGACAAGUUCAGAGGAGGAGGAAGCACCAACUACACCACGUCUGCAGUACUACAACAAGGUGCUACGGUUGCUGGAAGAUGUGGGUUUACCAGAGUUAGUCAUCCAGCUGGCCACUGUGGCCAUUUCAGAAGCCACCAAUGACAUCAGGAGUCAGGCUGCUCUGCGGACUCGCAUCUUCAAACAUCACCUGGACUUGGGACACAACAACGAGGCAUAUGAAGCUCUGACUCAAAACCCUGACUCCAGCAGGCAACUGGACUGUCUGAGACAGCUUGUUGUGGUGUUGUGCGAGCGCUCGCAGCUGCAGGAUCUUGUGCAGUUCCCCUACGUCAAACUGCACGAUGAGGUGGUGAGCAUCAUUGAGUCUCGUGCCAGAGCCGUGGAUCUUAUGGCUCACAAUUAUUACGAGUUACUCUAUGCGUUCCACAUCAACAGACACAACUACAGGAAAGCUGGAACUGUGAUGUUUGAGUAUGGAAUGCGCCUGGGUCGCGAGGUGCGCACACACCAGGGCCUCCAGAAGCAGGUUAACUGCUACCUUGCUGCCAUGAACUGCCUGCGCCUCAUAAGGCCUGAUUACGCGUGGAUUGUCCAGCCCUCGUCCGGAGGCGUGUAUGAACGACCUGGUACUUCACCAAAAAGGAAUUAUGAAGGAGAAUACACUGCUGCUUCUGUGAGCCGUCAAAUCGAAAUCUUGGAGCUGAAGGACCUGGAGAAGGAAUACAUCUUGGCCCGCAGUCGCCUUACCCUGGCUCAGCAUGACCCACCCUCUGCAGCCAUUGCAGGUAGUGCCUCUGCUGUGGAGAUGGUAGCCCUGCUCAUUCAGGCCGGCCUCUUCGACUCUGCGCUGUCUCUCUGUCAGACCUUCAAACUGGCCCUGACUCCUGUCUUUGAGGGACUGGCCUUCAAGUGUAUAAAGCUACAAUAUGGAGGAGAGGCUAGUCAGAAUGAAGCUUGGAACUGGUUAGCAGCCAAUCAGCUGUCAACUGUUAUUAUUACCAAGGAGUCAAGUGCUACCGACGAGGCAUGGCGCUUGUUGGCCUCGUACCUGGAGACAUACCCCUCCCAAAAUGGGCAGCACCAUUUCUGUGUCAUCAACAAGCUGUUGUCACAUGGCGUGCCAUUGCCUGACUGGCUGGUCAACAGCUACAAAGUGGUGGACACGGCCGCGCUGCUUCGCCUUUACCUGAACUAUGACCUGCUGGAGCCUGCUGUGGACCUUGUGCUGGAGUAUGUAGACGCCUUGCUCGGAAAAGGACACCAAUACUUUGGCAUUGAGCGGCCACUGUCAGCAACCGCACCUCUCGUUUGGCUCCCGUACACCUCUGUUGAUCAGCUUCUGCAAGCCCUCAAUGAGAACCAGUCUAAUGCCAACAACUCCAAGCUGUACAGCUUGCUCCAGGACAAAUUGAAAAAGUAUUACAUGCUGCUUGAAAAAGCCACCAAACACAGGAUGAAGGUUCAGUAGGACCUGAGUCCACAUCACACCAGUCCAUGGUCCUGUUGGGCCCGAGUCCUGCGCACCUAUAUGUUUCCCGGCAUAGGCACACAUGGGAGUUUCUCUGUGUGCUUACACUAUUUUAUGCACUGCCUUCUUACAUGGUGCUCGGUCCUCUUUCCUCGGCUCCCAUCUUUUAAAAGAAAAUACACGUUGAACAAAGCAUCUAUUUUUCUACAGGAAAGCGCUGUGCAAAGUGUAUUUAUGCGUGACUGUGCUGAGUGGGUCCCCCAUCAAAUUCUCACUGUCAGGCCAAUGUACAGUGGUUGGCUGGCAGAGAUAUUGAAAGUAGUUUUAGAUGCACAUUGACCGUCUUGGGGAAAAAAUACUACAAAAUGUAUCAACUGAAAUGUAAAAUAUGAAGAGGGGUGUGCAUGUGUUGUGUGUUCUCAGUGGGUGUGAUUACCUAAAGGGUAAUAGUCACCCGUGCCACACUUGUUCAGAGUAAAUGUGUAUAUUUUUAUAGAAAUACAAACAUUGUAAUAAUGAUUAUUUCACUGUUGCUUUCUUUUGUACUCUUCCUCUUUCAGUCGGGUUUCUUGCAAAUUUGUGCUGGCUAAUUUGUCUCUAGUGUAU